GGAACACAGCGAUUUCGAUAAUUUUGUAUUUAAGACAUGCUGAACAUUAGUGUCCUCUAUUAUUUAAUUUCUGAUAUUAGAAUGUUUAAAACGAUCGGUUAAGUCAAUAUUUAUUUAUUUAUUGCACUUGAAAUGCGUCCAGCACACAUGAGCACAUGCCAAUAUCAAUCAUAUUUUCCAAAUGCAGUGUAACGAGGUGCGGCGAUGGAAACUAUGGAAGAUUCAGAACAAUCUCACCUGAUCAACGAAAGGACAUACUCACUGAAACAAAAACGGGAAGCAUCUGCCACUGUGGAACUGAGCACUGUUGGUUCACAUUGCCAUGGGAAUCAGGUGGCCUCCAGUGAAAGUUAUGAGAAGACUCUGGCUAAAAAUAAGCUGUACAUGGCCUCCAUCAUCUGCCUCAUCUUUAUGAUCGGAGAAGUGGUUGGAGGAUACCUUGCCCACAGUUUGGCCAUCAUGACAGAUGCUGCCCAUCUCCUUACUGACUUCGGCAGCAUGUUGGUCAGCCUCUUCUCCCUGUGGGUCUCCUCCCGACCCCCCACCAAAACCAUGAGUUUUGGAUGGCACCGCUCAGAAAUUCUGGGAGCUUUGGUGUCGGUGAUGUCCAUCUGGAUUGUGACAGGAUUCCUCCUAUACCUUGCUGUUCAGAGGGUUGUUGACAGAGACUAUGAAAUCAAUGGCCAUGUGAUGCUUGUAACAUCAGGAUGUGCUGUCGGUGUCAACUUCAUAAUGGCGUACAUUCUCCAUCAGUCUCACUCAUCUCCUGGACACGCUCAUGACUCUGGGUACCACAGGCUCAAUGAGGGUAGAGCGAGCCACACACCCUUGGGUGCAGAGAGCCAUGUGGCUGUGCAUAGCCACUCCCAUGGCUUCCUGGGUGACCAUGGCAACGCUAGUGUGAGGGCUGCCUUCAUCCAUGUGGUGGGGGACCUGCUGCAGAGCAUGGGAGUGCUGGUGGCUGCCAUAAUCAUCUACUUCCAGCCUGAAUACAAAAUAGCAGAUCCACUUUGUACUUUCCUGUUCUCAGUGUUUGUCCUUGGAACAACUGUUUCGGUUCUGAGGGAUGUGAUCAGGAUCCUCAUGGAAGGAGUGCCUCAUGGUGUUGAGUUUAACACGGUGAAGGAGGCUCUUCUCUCAGUUACAACUGUGAAGGGUGUGCACAACCUGCACCUCUGGACUCUCACCCAGAGCCACACCCUGCUCUCCACCCACCUGGCUAUUGAGCCAAGUUCUGACCACCAGAAUGUCCUUCAGGAGGCCACUGAGCUCCUUCAGACAUCAUUUGGUUUCUCAAGCACCACUAUUCAGCUGGAGCUGUACUCCCAGGACAUGGACCACUGCACAGAAUGUCAGGAUCCCACUGAUUGAGGGUUUCCACAGUGACAUAGGCUGUGAUGACAGGCAAGCAUUUCCCACUGGAGAGAAGACGUCCUUUCAGAAAGUUGGUUGGUGAGUCUGGCAAAAUGUACCCAUAACAGACUGCUGGUGUUGUCAGUACUCCUCUCUGGACUGUGACAGCUGGCCACUCUGUGUAUUGUCAGUCAUGUGCUUGGUUUAGGUUUUGGUUUUGCCAUGUUUGAUUCCCAUGUGCUCUUGUCCCCACCCCUCACCUGAUCUCUAUUAAAGUUACAAUCUCAAAGAUUUCUGUUUCGUUCGCUUUGGCGGUACCGAAGGCGAAAAGCAGUAAUUGCAGGUGUGCUUUUGGACCUCACUUCCCAGAGAUCCAACUGGAUCCAACCAGUGUCGCCUGUGUGACAUCAGUCAGUUGGCAUCUGGGCCACGCCAAUUAUAACACUUACUAUUUACUGAAUAAAAAAUGGUUGUUAUAAAAGUAACGUUAUGUACACACUCAUUCAUUGUCUAACAUUAGGC